GGAGGCUCCAGGAGCAACUGGUGACAGACGCAGUGUUUCUCUGACACACACACUCACACAGAGGAAGACAACUCCGUGCAGUCGACAUGCCUCAGGGGGUCAACACGGAUCAGGGGAUGGGCGAGAUUUUUCGUAAAAUGGGCGUAGGUGACGGCGAGGGCGUCUCCUUCAAACAGUUCUGGACCCUCAUCCAGUCAGUAGCCACCUCGCAAUUCAGCGCCUUGAGCAGCCAAUCAGGAUCCUCCUGCAGCUGCAUGCUGCUGUGAGGUGCAGCGUCCGCGCUCACCUGCGAGCCUCCAGCUUCCACUCCAAAACUUUAUUUUCUACAACAUGUAUGUCACUCAUGUAAUCAGACAUUAAAGUACAGACGUUCCACGUUUAUCAAGACUUUUGUAAUGAAAAGUUUUAAAUUCAUCUCAUCUUUAUGUUCCUGUUAUCAUAUCUCUGUCACUAAAGCAACACUUUAAUCACAUUUGUAAGAAUAUAAGACUGGAAACUUGUCUUUUUUUUCCAUGAAUUUUACCUGAAGAAGCUCAAAAAGAGCUGAAUGCCUCCACGGCUCCACCUGGAGUCAGGAACAUGUUCCUGUACUCGUGUCUUCAUGUCUUCUUUCAGGAUGUUAUUGAUAUAAAUGUAGUUUAAUAGUUUCUUUCUAUUUGUUUUUGUUUUUUGUUUUUUUUACAGACAAACAUGCAUGAAUACUAACUUCCUUUACAUUAUUAUUCACAAAUCAUGUAUUAUCCAACCAGACAAAGAAAAUUACAGAAUGUUUAAAACAAUAAUCUGAAACAUUUAAUCUUCGUAUCAAAUGUUCCUUCAUUCAGAUUAUCUCCGGCUGGAUUCAGAUUUGAAACUCUUUGCUGUUUAAUCAUCAAAUUGGAAUAAAUUAUUUCAAUAAACUGUUGAUUUUACCAUGA